AUAAAGUGCGCAAGCUCUCAAGCUCGCGUUAAUGUCAGAGCCAGAGCAGUUGCUCGAACAAUUUGAGGCGCUACUGUGUAGCGGUCGACACAGCAGCCAGGGACAGAGAAUGGUCACGAUGACGACCACCACGACAACUGAGCUUUAACACUAAGCUCGUACGAGUUUGGUCGUGAAAAAAACAUCAGUUGGGAAGAAAUAUUUAUUGACAGUCAGCUGUAUUACCUGAAAGGUUAAGUAAUGUUUAUUAAGUUGACAUAAUUAAGAAGAAAAAAAAGUUUGUGAACUUAGCAGUAUGACUAUCUGAUGUGUCCGAGUAAUUCAGCAUACAUAAAUUGAUUAGUGUGCUGUUCUGUGUGUGUUUGUCAGUGUGUAACCAAGAUGUGGGGGUGUUUGUGACAAUUCGUAAAGACCCGCGCCAUCUUCGUGCCCGAGAUUGGCUUUUCGAGCUUAGUGUGUGCCAUACGACAUUACAUUGUCAGAAAUACAAACAUACACCCGUACAAUACUCGAAAAUUAUUGAUAUAAUAAUAUAUAGAGUGGAUAUAUAUGUGUUGUAUUGUGGGUGAUGAGUUUGAUUUUUUUUUUUUUUUAUUUAAUAUUUUAAUCUGAUAAAUAAUCGGUGUUAAAAAUUCAGGAAGAAAACUCUAUCUACUGACAUGCGAGUUUUGUAACUUUGACAAGUAAUAUUUAUUUUAUUUUUUAAUAGUCAUGUGUUUAGUUAACAAUUACAAUAUGAUUAUUAUUUUUGGUAAAAUAAAAUUAUUGACCAAAAAAAAAUUACAUGGUAUUGAAACAAGGUAUUUAUCUAUGAAGACAUUAAGUCAGGCGGCUAAUCACUCUAUUCACCGGUGAUUAUCGAUGAUUUAUAAAUACAUCCAGUACCUGAUAAAUGUUUUUGUCAUUAGGUAUUUUUAUUAAAUAAAUAAAUAAGCCAGUGAAAAAAUAAUAAUUAAAUAAUUAAAUAAAAGAAGAAAAGAAGACUAUUAAAAGAUUAAUGUAUCAAGAUAAAUGACCUGGAAUUGGAGAAAGGAUUUCUUCCCUUCGGGCGAUGAUUACUCGGUAAUAAACUUGGUAAAACGAUUAUUUAGUGUUAGUGGUAAUUUUAAUUUAAAUUUAAAUUGUACUUGUAACAGUGUUUUAAUAAGCAGUGGUGAUUCCGAGGAUGGUGACGGUGAUGGGGGUGGUGGUGGCGGCGGCGGUCGUGCUGAUACAUUUAUUAGACCGAGAUUUUAUCUAUCCAAUGGUUUUUUGAUAUCUCAAUUAUAUGGUUUUGAAUUGUUUGGUUUGAGGGUGUUACUUGAUCAACACGCAGAAGCUCAUGUGAUAACGUUUCCAGACUUGAGCUUUAAAUCAGACUAAUAAAUACUACUGCUGAUAAUAAUAAUAACAAUACUAACAAUAAUAGUAAUAAUCAUAAUAACAACUUUUAAAAAAAUAAUAAUAAUAUUGAUUAUUAUUAUUGAUAAAAAAAAAAAGGCGAUAGAGUUAAGAGAUUAUUUGAGAAAUUUGAUAGAGUAUGAUGGUGAUGCUGCUGCAACGUCUUACCGCCCCACAGUCGACAUACUCUUUGGAAAAUAAGACUAAUUAUUUGUGCGAUUAUUUUGAGAAACAAGAUAAUAAUAAUAAUACUAAUAACAAUAACAAUACUUCUAAUUCAAGUAAUAAUAAUCAGCAGUUACUGCUACAGCAAGUUUGCUGUGACAACGAGUUUAAUUCAAUUGGUAUUAUAAAACCAAUAAAUAAUAAUAAUAAUAAUAAUAAUAAUAAUACUUAUUACUGUAAUAAUAUUAGUAAAAAUAACAAUUAUAGUAAUAAUAAUAUUAAUACACAGAGUGAUAAAGAUAAACUACGUACAAGCGUUUGCUAUCGCAAUAAAACAGUAAUUACAAAUAAUAAUAAUAAAAAUAAUAGUAGUAACAAUAACAACAACGGUUAUAACGAAGAGGACACUGAGGACGACCAACAGUUAUUGGCACGAGAUAAGUUUCAAAACAAAAGGCAUCAAGAGACAAUUAUAACAAACAGUUUAACAACCGCGUCAACGACAACUGCAGGUACAGCAAUUACAGGAGCAUCAGCAGCAGCAUCUGCGGGUGCUGCGGCAUCUGGUACGACGUCGACAUUGUCGGCGUCACAAGGACGUUUUUGUGCUCCUGGUCAAGGUGUCGCGAUGCGAUAUUAUCGAUUAUGGAUAUACGCUUCUAAUAUAGUUCUUCUUGGGAGUGCUAUCGGUCUAGCAGCGGCGGUUGCCCGUACCCUGUUGUUCACCAGUGAUCCACGCCGGUAUUUGAUACCCGGAGUGCCAAGAGCACUUGACCCAACUGCAUUGUACGCUUAUCUUGCAUUGGCCACGCAAUUGGGCCUGUUGCAAUUACUCGGUUGCAUAGCAGCGCGACGUCUCAGCGCUCGUCUGCUCAAUGCCUAUUGGCUGCUGCUUUUGGCCCUGCUCUUCGGUGAUACCAUUAUCGGAGUCGCCUGGAUAUUCCGGUUCGAGAGAAUAAGGGCAGAGUUGAGACCCAGUUUGAGGCUCAAGCUUCAACUUGAUUACGGAAGAGACUUACGGUUCAGCGACCAAUGGGAUCAAUUGCAGCGGGAGUUCUCCUGCUGCGGUAUCGUCGGCCCCAGUGACUUCGACGGUCAAUUCAAUUAUCCGGACUCUUGCUGUCCAGUGGUCGAAACACUUGUCAAGGAUUCCAUCACCACGGCAACUGUUUUUGACCGGAGCUCCGGUCAAGGAAAUAUAAUUUACAAUAUCAACGAGACGAAUAUAAAUAUCGUGGGCAUUGGAACUGAUAAUGAUGCUGACGACAGCAAUCUCGUUGACGAGGGCGGUGGGUGUCAGCAACCAUUUGUCAACGGCUGCGAAGAGUAUUUGAUGGGUUGGUUGCGCAAGACAGCCGAUUUGUUAUUCGUCCUGGGAUAUUGCGUGAUGGCCUUCGCUAAGCUCUGCUUUCUCGGGAUUCUCAGAUACGAAAUAAGAGAAAUGAUUCAGAAGAUCAGACUGCUGAGGGAACCACCGCCCCCUGCAACCUCCCAGUACAUUCAAUCACUCUGCCAGCCUGUCCACGCACCCGCGCCAAUCCCCGCGGCAACAACUGCCGCGGCGACUACCAUGACAGCGUUGACGGCAGCUACCACGACCAAUACCACGACCAUGAUGAUGAUGACCGGGUCUGAUCAAAGGGGUAGUUGCGGUGGCGGUGAUAGUGCUGCAGCAAUGCCAUCCAUCACAGGUAACAACAAUAUACCUCAACUGCCAGCGGCUCAACAUCUUAUCAACUAUCAUCACCAGGAUCACACUAGUAAUAAACACUCAUUUUUGUACACGAGUAAUCUCCAGCAACAGCAGCAACAAGACACCGGGGCUGAUAGUGAUACCAACAGCCAUUGCGCUCUGAUCCUCGAGGAGUCCUCGACGCCGACCCCGCCGGUCACCCAGAGGAACUGUCAUCAUCCGCUGAUCACCGGCCUCAGGGAGAGCAAGAGCAAAAACAACGGAAAUAAUAACUACGAAAUGCGGGAGUUUAACCGGCGGUACUUGAUAGCCAACGGCGACCCUUCCAGCCCGGCAAUCACCGGCAAUCAGCCCGGUAUUAAAAUCAUCACCCAAAGCAAACGAACUUGACUAUGGAGAUGGUGGCGGGAUAUGUUAAAUCGUUUUUUUUACAGAACUAAUAGACCUGUCGAGCUUGCUUCGAGCUUUCACAAAUAGAUUUAUAUUAAUAUUAAUAUAAUAAUUAUUACAACAACAAUAAAUAUAUUUAAUGAUAAUAAUAUUAAGUAUACACAAAAAUAAAUAGUUUUUUUUUUUUUUUUUUUUUCGUUAUUUUUUUUGUGGUAAAAAGAGUGGUUGUAAUAUAUUUGAUGUUAAGACUGAGAAAUAACGCGUCGGAAGUUUUAUCGAUUAUUAUAAAUAUUGCAGGGUAGUGUUAUUGUAUUUUUUAUUAUAUUUUUUUUUAAUAUUGUUUCUUCUUUAUAAGUAUUAUAUUAUAUAAAAAUAUAUGUAUAUUUAAGAUGAUAGUGUUAGAGAUUUUGAGGUGGAUUAAUUGGAUUAUAAAUGGGUAAUAAGAAGUCAUUAUUGAAAGAUAUUACUGCCAAGUCGCGGCUUCCACAAAAACCGCUCACGGAAACGUAUAUAUAAAUAUAUGUUUUUAGUGUCGCGAAGGAAAGCUUAAGAGAAUAAAAUAUCACCGAUAAAAGUUCACCUCACAAAUCUUAAAAUUUAUUAUUGAGAACGACCAAAAUUAAUAUUAUGUAUUUAUUAUAAGAAUUAAAAGUUAAUUGCGCAAAUUAAAGUUUAUUAAUUAAAAUAAUAAUUGUAAUUACAAUAAUAGUUAUUGUAAUUGUAAUUAUAAAAUUAAUUAUGCUUACCGAAAUUAAUUUUAGAUGUGCGUACAGUAAGCUUUAGUAAAUUUAAGCAGUGUGAGAGAAGAGAGUUCCUUAUAUAAAAUUGUCAAAAAAAAAAAUAAUUAUUAUGUACAUACUGCUGAAGAAGGCUCAUACUAAAACAAAAUUGUAUAAAAACAAAUUAAGUACUUACAGUAAAGUGUAGAUAUGUUUGUAAUUCAUAUUCUUCUACGUAAAAAAAUAAACACGCAGAUAUUUCGGUACCACGUUCGUUUCGUUGCAUUAAUAAUAUUUGUUUUAAAUUUAGUUAUUGUUACAAUUAAAAUUAUUAUUAUUAUGUAUAGAACAUCUCUGUAAAAAGGUAUGGAGCUAUUAUAUUUAAUUUUUUUUUAGAUUUAACCAUUCCAUGAAGCUUUAAUCCCUGCCGUCAUUCGUAAACAGAUAAAUAGUUAGAUAAUGCACCCAAA